AUGAAGUUCGCCGUUCUAUCUACAGUGGCUUCUCUGGCUAUCGUUGGUCCUACCUUGGCCCAGACUCCUCCUGGAUUCUCGCCUGCAACGACGAAGACCUUCACUGUCAAGUUCGGAAAUACUGCCGUCACUGCUGGCAAUGCGAUUAAGCUCCAAGAUACGGCUGUUGCACCCAGCUUCGACUUUGGUGAUGUCUCCAGCAGCUCGGCUCAUGUUGUCACCAUGCUGGAUCUCGAUGCUCCUAUGGGUGACGCUGACCGGUCCUACUCUCCUCUCCUCCAUUGGAUGGCUUCUAUACCUUCUGGCGACAAGAGCAGUGCCACGGCUAAGGAUGUAGCCCCAUAUGCUGGCCCCCAACCUCCUGUUGGCUACGGCCCGCACCGAUACGUCCUCCUGCUUUUGACCGACCCCUCGGCGGAGUUUCACCUGCCCUCCGGUUUCGAGAACCAGACCUACGCGGAUGUCACCUCCCGUCUCCUGUUUCCCCUUGAGAAGUUCAUCGCUGCGGGGAACUUCCAGGUCGCUGCUGCUAACUGGUUCACGACUGAGAACACCACCGCCACACCUACCAAUUCUACCGGUCCCACCAACUCCAGCAGCCCUAGCACCAGCGCCCCUGUAACAGCCGGUGCCUCUGGUCUCCAGGCCUCUAUUGCCGGUGUUCUUUUGGCUCUCAUGAGUCUUCAGAUCUUCCAUCUUUAA